AUGGAGUACACGUACGCUGGAUCGCCAAUGUCUGUCUCAUCAAAUGGUUCAUUGACGGACAUUAUUGGCUCAUUCUACUGUCAAAAUAAUUCGGAACUCUGCGUGGAGGACGUUUUUGGCAGGCAGUGGCGUCCAGCACAAGCAGAAAAUCUCAUCACAGUCGUUCCCUCGAUCGCUUGUAUGGAAGGAGGGAGAUAUCAUCGCUGCGGUGUGUUUUUGCUGUUCGUAGCAUCUCGUCCAUCUUCGACAAGUGACAUGGUUACGUCCACAAUGGAAGGCAUUCGAUACCACGAUAUGUUCAAAGAUGGCAAAUUUCUUCACUUUGCUGAUUAUGUUUACGUUCCUAUUAGAGGAUUCUCAUGUAACUCAUGUCGAGAGAAUUAUUGUAGGCCUCACCAGCGCCUAAUUUAG